AUGCCUGUUGACGUCUGUAAUGCGCCCUUGGCCGACAACCUUUUAAGCGCUGUGAGGGUCAAGGGUGAAGGCAAGGGCAGAAAAGGGUGGGUUUUGAUCGGCGGAAGGCAAGACGAGCGACUGUUCUCUGUCCUAAGGGAGCUGUGCGGCUUACCCAACAGUCCGAUCGCAGGUGCUUCCAAUCAGGCACAGGCAGGCGGGCGACCAAAGGCGCGUCGAGGCGUUACAACGUUGCCAAGAACCACCGUUACCAACAGGAGCUCUUCCAUAACAUUCUGUGUACCAGAGAUCCUCUCCGCAGAUAUAAUUCAGUUUAUCAGUUUAUUCAGCGCGGAAAUUAAGACUAACAUUUCCGCGCAGACUCACGACCCGAGACGAUCGACUCCUACAGAAGGCGCCGCAGGGGAAGGUGGCCAGCGCGCCCCUCCUCCUACAGCGGCUCAUGGCUCGUCAGCGUCCCCGGCAAGGUCCUCCUCCUCCUCCUCCUCCUCUUGCUCCACGCCUUCCUGCAACAUGCGAGUUCUUCCCACGUCUGAUUUCAAAUACGAGCUGUGCGUGCGCCGCGUCCUGUCCCUGUCGCUGCCCGGGGAGCCCCAGGGCCUGACGGAGGGGGACAGGGAGCUCUUCGUCAGGGGCAAGAUCAACACCGAUCUCGUGUCCAUGACCAGGGCACUUGGCGCUCUCCUCAGGUUCCUGGACAAACACGGGGCGGAGUUACUCGACGGGACCACACUCCUGGGCGGCACUCCCGUCCUGGGCGUUCACUACUACAGCAUGGACGAGUUGGCCCAGCUGGACGACGCGACGGUGGCGGCGCUGCAGCUGUUCUCCGAGGACCAGCACCCGUCGGCCUUCAAGAGCGGGAAGAGCUCGAGUAGCAAGGAGGGCCUCAGCAUCUACGCCCUCCUCAGCAGGACCGCCUCGCCCAUGGCCGCCCACACGCUCAGGAGGGUGCUGCUCCGUCCCGUGUUAGACGCAGAGGUACUGGAGGCUCGCUACGCCGCCGUCGAGUGGGGGGUGAAUUCGGCUAACAUGGAGACCCUGAGACACCUUCACGCCUGCCUCAAGUCUAUCACCAAUGUGCCGCACACCAUGAAACGGCUUCAAAGAGGCCAGCUGAAUGUGAGGGACUGGAGAACUUUAUAUAAGUCCCUCUUCAACGCUAUACUCGUGGGAGAGAUCUGCCAAGCUCAGGACCAAGACAUUCCAAUCUUCAAGGAGAGAAGCGUCGAUUCGCCGGACUCGGAGAGGUGA